AUGCGUGGAGGGUCGCUCGACGUGCCGGCCAACGUUGCCAUCCACACGGACAUUGUGUCGCACCACGCCAUCAAGACAUCGGCGACGCUGGCCAAGCCGAACCUCUUUUCGAGCAAGGAUGUGAAUGUUGACGAGCUGCGAUACCCCGAUCCGGACGUGCCGGCCGGUGCCGCGUUUGUGGCGGCGCUCGCGCUCGACUUUGGCAUGGCGCGUAUCAACGCUGACGUCUACCGCACCGUCGACAUUUACAACCCGCUCGACAUACCCAUCUUUGCACAGCUGUUUGACUUGGACCUCGAGUCACUGGUCGCCAACUACAAGAUCAAGCACGGAAUUGACAAGCUUGAAAACACCAACAAUUGCAUGGACGGCGAGGCAUCCACCGACGACGACGAAGACAAGGACGGCGACAACAUCAACAACGACUCGUCUGACUUUAUCAAGCGGCAACAAAGCCACUUUCAUCCACUCGUCUUGAAAAAGACAAAGGAUCAACACUCUAUCUACUUUGACGACAUUGACAAGCCGGCAGCACAACAGGCAGCCGGCAAACAACCAUCGUCGUCGUCGUCAGGUCGCAACAAGAUAUUCUCACUAAAGAGAUCGGGAGCUGAAAACAUGAUGUUUAUAGCACCCAAGUCAACAGUUGCGUUUGGUCCGAUCAAGUUCCAUCCACUCAACUAUACCAGCUACAAUGCCAUCGUCUACCUUAAAAACAACUACACCUAUUUACAACCAAUCUUUUUGACUGGACAUGGAGGCGGAGGUAGACUACUCGUUGUUGACUCUGAUACACACAUGUCCAACUCUAUCCUACUCGACCUUAACAAAACUCAUCUCAGUCCCUGUAUCUUUCAGCGACACAAUGUCGAAGUGGAUAUCAACUCUGACAUCCUCAUUGACUCUAAAAAGGUUGUUAAUUCACAAAAUACCAAUCGUAUCGAAGUUUCAAAAUCCUUUACCAUCGUCAACACUGGAAAUUUAAUUUUAGAAAUUAAAGAUAUUUUUAUAAAUGAUUUUAAAUGUAAUGGGUUUGGAUUUAAAGUAUUAAAUUGUAAUGAAUUAAAGGGACUAAGUAUAAAUGAAGGUGAAAUGUUUAAGAUUCAGGUAUCUUAUGAACCAGACUUUUCAACUUCAAUGUUGAAAAAGGAAUUGGUGAUAAAGACAAACCAAGAAUCAUUUGGAUUCAAUUUGAUUGGAACCUUUCCACACGAGUUCCUUCCACUGUGCACACAUCUUCAACCAUCGUUCUUUUACGAUUACCCUGCAAAGGUUAUCUUUAUCCUAUCGAUGGUUAUUCUCUUUUUCAUGCUUAUCCUCCUCUCGUUUAUUAAACCUGUCGGUCACAAGAGAAAGUCAUUGCUACAAAGAAUAGUCGCUCGUAUCACUGCCACUCGUAUUCGUUGGAGUACUAGUGUUACAACGGCUAGUUUAACCGCUGCAAGUGGUCGUGAACUACUUACUAGUGGUGGUGGUGGUGUUGAUAGUCCAACUUCAUCCUAUCAUCAUGGUGGUAGUCGUGAUAAUCAUAAUCAUCAUCAUCAUAUCAGUGCUAGUGUCAUCCCAAAAUCACCUGAUAAAUCAUCAUCAUCUUCAAAUGAAAAGAAUAAUAACAAGACUACUGUCAACAAAAAGGAAAGAUUGACCAAUCGAAAGAUUAAAUCUUCCAAUGAAGAUAAUAGUAAUAGUAGUCGAAAGAAUUCUUCUUCGAGUAAAUCGUUAAACCAUAAUCAUCAUCAUCACCAACAACAUCAAGUGAUGACUACAACCACCACUACAACCACGGUCUUGGAAGAGGAUAAAUUUGAAGAUUCUAUUGUUAUUCAACAGCAACAAGAGAAAGAAAAAGAUUUAUUACUUGCUGCUCGUAGUCCAUUGAGCGAGUCAUUGGAUGAUAUAUCAAUGUCUUCACAUGAUAAUCUUGGAGCGAUUUUAGAGGAUGGGGUUGACAAUCCAACCACACCAACUGAAGAUCUUACUCCAAGAUCAAUUGAUGAUGAGCCAACAACCACCAUUGUUCAGCAAGAUCAUGUUGAAAAGAUCGAUGCAUCGACCAUUACCAGCACAAUGACAACAAAAACAACUACCAUUGUCAUCUCUUCUACAUCUUUGGAAGAUGUUGUAUCAAAUAAUAAUGACAAGAGUAAGAAUGAACAACAACAACAUCAACAACCUAGUACAUCUGUUGUUGUAGUUGAAACAAUCAAACAAAAGCAUCAACAACAAAAAGAAGAUAAGCCCCUUUUGGUAGUACAAGCAGACAAAAAGGUGGCAGAAGUUGUAGUCCCUUCUAUCCAAACAGUAACAUCAACUACUGCACCACCGUCUUCUGCUUCUUCCAAACCACAACAAAAGAAAAAGAACACUAAACACCAACAACAACAACAACAGCAACAGUCCUUAAAGAUUUCAUCUGAUCAAUCAAAUGAUGAAAAUGUAAAUACCAAUAAGACUAACAAUCACAAUCAUAAUGGUGUAAACUUGAAUUUGUCAAGUAGUGGAAGUGGUUCAAAUAUUCCAAUUGUUGCCUCAUCAUCAUCAUCAUCGACAACAGACUCCUCGCUUACUUCUACCACCCCUGCUUAUUUUGGAAAGAAAAAGUAUCACAAGGACAACAACUCUUCUGCUUUUCUCCCUGCCAAUCCUCCUCCCCCUGGAUCGGCCAAACCUGUGAGAGAACCAAAGAAAAAGUACGAAAAGCCACAAAAGCAAACAACUGGAAAGGUGGUUUAUGUACCAAAGGUUCCUCAACCAACCACUCAACCAACUACUCAACAACCACCUAUUUCAACUCCUACUUUACAACAACCAUUACCAUAUUCACAACAGCAACAACAACAACAAAACUCUGUAUAUCUUCAAUACCUUCAACAACAACAACAACAACAACAAAAAUUACAAUUACAACUUCAACAACAACAACAACAACAACAAUCAUAUUCUCCAUUCUCAAAUAAUGGUCAAUUUGAUUAUAAUCCAUUUAUCAGUACAUCACCACCUCCACAAUCAACUUCAUCAUCAUCAACAUCGUCAAAUCCAUCACUACUCAACACUUAUAAUCCAUUCUCAUUCUCACCAAGACCAUCUACAAAUAACAAUAACAACACAACAACAACCACUUCACCUACCUCAACCUCAACUUCUACACUUAUUCAACCAUCAUGGUUCACAAACAUGAACAAUUUAUUGGCAGUAGAUUCAUCAAAUAAUCAACAACAACAACAACAGGUGAUGAAAAGCAACACUAGUCCUAGCCACCACCAGUAUCACAACAAUAGUCUCUGGAGAGAUCAAUUUGGAGUGAUUGGAAGUGGCAAAGUUUCAACAACAACUUCACCAAACCAUACCAACAACAACAGUAGUAGUGACCUUUUGAUGUCUUCAUCAGCAACUCCAUCCUAUCGAGACCUCAUGCCAAAUACCAACUUGACAAGCUUCCUACAACAACAUUCUACUGUUGGUACCAACACACCAAUUAACAAUAACAACAACAACAGCAACAAUACAUCUACAACCAUGACUGCUGGCGGUGUCAACCCAACAACAACAACAACAACGACAGUAACCAACAAUAACACGACUAGUGGUGUCUAUUCACCAUCCUACGAUCUAUUUGCCAAUCAAAUGUUUGGUUUUAGUCAACCAUCCUCUACCCAAACCACACCUACUUCCGUCCCAUCCAUUGCCAAUAUUUCAACAUUGACCAAAUUCAAUUUAAAUCAUGGUUAUGAAAAUGGUGAUGAUAAUGACCAACAACAACAAUAA